AUGGUCCUCUCUUCCGCAAUUGACGGCUCGAUCGCACUCUGGGACAUCAAGCCUUUCUAUCAGUCUCCUGCUCCAUCAGCUGGAGAAGGCGAAAAUGAGGGAACAGUAGGGAACGUCGAUCCACCACUAUUGUCCUUGCCAGUAGAAGAUACGGAAUCGUUGAUCGUCUCAAAACUCGAUUCGCUAAAAGAAAAGUUCAAGCCGUCCGAAGCAUGGAAAACAGUCCUCGCCCCAUAUGACUACCAUUUUGCUGCUACAGGCGCAGGUGCAAGAGUGUCGGGCCACUUGAUCGACCACCAAACGUUUGGAGUAGGGGAUGAUGAAGGCGAAAUGCCAAGCUACCUUGCUGAGCUAAAAGAUCUCUUCGGCCUCUCCCUCGCCUUUUCUGGCUAUGGCCUAAUUGCCGUGGGCACGAACAGUGGUCAUGUUCUGCUCUAUCGCUCAUCAGCAAACGCUAACAUUCUCAGUCUCGUGACAGUGAUAGCAGACCAUGCAUCACCGAUCCGUAGCCUUGCUUUCACGGAUAAUCUACUGCUCGUUGGAUCCGACAACAGAACGAUCACCGUUCACGAUAUUAAACCUGUUGUCGAUGAUGCACGGUACGAAUCAACAGAUUCGAUGUCGGUUAGUACCGUUGCAUCUCUCACGGCUCAUAAAGGAUGGAUCUUGGGCUUGGAAGGUGUUCCAGGUGCGCAAGGUGUAUUUGCAAGCAUAAGUGCGGAUAAGAGUAUCAAGUUUUGGGAUUUGGGAUCUGCUACGAAGAACACGCCGGUUUGGAAUGGUAGUGAGGUCAAUCAAAUUCGAGCGUUUUCAUUCCAGCCUCUACCGAAGAUGGAGGACCAUGAGGAUCCGAAGAAGCGAGAAAAGACAACAGGUUCCAUGACGAGAUUUGUGACUGCUAGCGAAGAUGGUAGAUUGAGAUGGUAUAGAGGGGCUGGACUGGGGUGA